CCCAUGACCGCGAAACUCGCAAUGACCCUGACUCCCUUCGCAAGGUUUCCCUUCUACUAUGACCUCUUUCCUUAUCAAAGCACACGUCAACAGAAAGCCUUCAGCUUGGCAUUCGGACCCUGAGUGCGCCUUCUGUCGAAUCAUCAACAACGAAACUCCCUCCAGACGCGUAUACGAGGAUGAUAAGAUUAUUGCCAUCCUAGAUAUCCUUCCCCUACGCAAGGGCCACACUCUAGUUAUUCCAAAGGUGCAUUGUGCGCGCUUAUCGGAACUCCCCCCGGAAUUUGCUGCCGCGCUGGGAGCCGGCGUAACCAAAAUCGCUCAUGCUUUGACACAAGCUCUGGACAACACCGCUUUGAAUGUUGUAUGCAACCAAGAAUAUGCACAAGCAGUCCCACAUGUAAUGCACAACCCUCCUUUAACGGGGCGCCAGAUGCAUCAAAUGGAGUUCGAAUCUCGAGAAGAGUUGGACGAUGACGACGCUGUGUCUCUUCUGCAACUUUUAAGAGCAAAACUGUAGGUAAACUGAGAAGAGACAAAUACAAUAUACAUCGUAUCAAG